CUUGACAGUAGCUCCACUGCCUGUCAUUCGCCCUCUAAGGACGCUAACGUAAGUUAGCUGUUAGCUAGCAGUGCGAAGAAAUCCACGGCAAGGAUAACAAACGUCUGUGUACAGUCUGAGAUGCCUGGUGCUAGUCCAUGGGUGUGAGCCGACUGGAUGUAUUUUACAGAAGGCUGCUCCUCACCAAACUCUUCAUUGGGGGAUGGGGGAAGCCUGAAGACCUCAAGAGAAUAUUUGAAUUUCGUAAGAUCAUUGGAGACAGAGAGAGGUGCAGGUAUCUGGUGCCAAAGGACUAUCCAGUCUACAUAAACAAGACAGAGGAGCAUACUGACUGUAAGAUCCACGAAGGAUUCUUUAUCUCUCCCCUGGAGCACUUGGUUCCUGGAAUCCUUCCACCAGAGGCUGUCAAAGCCAGGUUCCAGUUUAUAGUUCCCAAGAGGUGGCAGAAGAACAGACCAGUAUGUGUCCACCUGGCAGGGACUGGAGACCAUGUCUACGCAGGGGCUCCACCACAUAAAGUGCCGACCCAAGCCACCUAA